GGGGGCAAAACUUUUUUGCAAGUUUUUGGCCUCGGGGUCUCUGAAAGUCCGUGAAGACGGCGUCUGACAAAUUUGUGUCCGUGACAACUUUUGCUCUACUACUCAAGAUCUAUCUACCCUAAAAAUUUCAGAAAUUUUCGUUGAGCCGUUUCUUAGAAACGCCGGAAAGGGGGGGGGGGUCCUCUUAAAUAAAGUAAUUCAAUUGUUUUCUUUACAAUUUUUUCACAUCUUACGAGUACUUAGACAAGUAUAAAUCUCUACUUUCUUUCAUGAUUUGCUUUCAUUACUAUUAUGAUUCGUUUUUCAUACUUUCUCUUUUCCUAUCUAUGUAGUAUAUGCAUCUCUCUGAUGCUCAUAUAUGAGCUAUCAAUCUAUAAACUCUUCUAUCUAUAUGAAUUAUAAGUAUUCGAUAUUGAUGACUCUUCUAACUCAACAAAUUCAAGACCCUAUACUACACUUCUCUAGAUAAAAAAGCUAUGGGAUAUUUAAAAAUUCCGCGCAUAUGAAUGUUUGUUGAAUAAGUCAAGAAUGGAAACAGCUGGAGAUCUUUGGUUUUCACCAUUUGAAGAAUGAGGCACCUAAAUGUGUUGUUCUCUGAUACUGUACAAGAUCAAUCCAUUUUGAAUUUGAUCAUUUCUUCAAAACAUUGAAAAAUAUGCAUGAUAAAGGUCUAUUAUUUUGAUACGAUUUUAGUUUCAAUAAAUGAUUUGGAUAUACUAAAAAAAAUCUGUAGAAUAAUAAACCCAAAACGGGUUUAUAAAAUUGUACCUUAUAAUAAAACUUUUUUUCGCAUGUAAAAUUUUCUUAAUCUCCGUCCAGGAAUUUAAUAAAGAGUUUAGAAAUUAAAUAUGAAUUUCGUUUGCCAUACAGUGCGAUUAUCAUACUUAUCGAUUUAGUGUGAUAACAUUCUGCUUCAAAUAAUCACUAUGUAGUUUAAGAUCUAUUGGUAUCGUGGCUUACAACCGUCAGUAUUCUUAUAAAGAAAAGUGAAUUAGAUCUCAUUCAUUUUUCUUUGUACUAACGUCGAAAGUUGUAACCCAUGAUACUGAAAGUUCUUUAAGUACGUUAUCUAUAUGCCAAGAAAGAGUUCAUCAAAUGAUAUCACGAAUCAUUCUUCAACGUUACUAUGCAUACUUAGUUUUCAUGAAUCUAAAUUGAAAAAAAAAGAAAUCAUUCAUUGUAAAACUUUCAUACGUGCGUUGUUUUCAGUAUAAUAUUAAACUAAAUAAAAAACAAACAAAUAUCGCUAUUUAUAUAAAUACAGAAUACCUAUUUUAAGGCAAGGGAGAACAGCAGAAUCCAUGAAUCCACUUGAAUCCACUCUGAUAUGAAAUUCUUAGAAUAAUAAAAAUACGAUAGUUUUCAUUUUCUCAAUUCUUUAUUGAAAGUAGAGAAAAAAGUUUAACAAAAUGAAUAUUUGUGAAGACUGCAGGAAUCAAUCAAGAAUUAUUUAUAUUAAAAAGCUUUUUUAUUAUUAAUAAUUAUAUUUUUUAUUUAAAAACCAACUGUAAAAUGUAAAAAAAAAUUAAAAAUUCAAUACUUGAUAGAACCGAUUAACUAUAAAAGAAAAAAAAAGUGAAUUAUUAAGUUAAAAAUUUCAAUUUACUAUAAAACCUUACUAUAUUAGAGAACGCGAAGGAGGUAAUCGAAGAAGUACAAACAAGACAAUGUUCGGCAUAUAAAAGUUAUCUUCUUCUGGUUCUUUCUAUUGAUUCUCUUGCGUUAUAUGAAGAUUCUAUCGUUUGAACUUUUCUUUUCACUUGUCUUUUAGUUUUCAAUGAUGAUGGUUCUUCGAUAAUGUUUUCAUCACAAGUUUCAUCAUCGUCUGCUGAUUUGGAGAUAGAAGAUGCCGUGACUGAAGUUGAAUUCGAUUGUAUUGUAUCCGAUGGUGAUAUAGUAGGUAUCGAAUUUGGUGAUGCAAUUCGUUGA